AUGACAAGUCAUUUCCCACCAAAUACAAAAAUAAAAGAUUUUGGAUAUCCCGAAACUCAUCCAUUUCAUAUUGGUAAUUAUCUUUUAAAAUCUAAUGGUUCAAUAUCAUCAUCUCCUACAUCAUCAACAACAUCAUCCUCUGCAUCAUCAUCAUCAACUACUUCAUCUUCAGCAUUCAUAUCAAAUAAACAUGGAAAUCAUCACCAUCACCAUCACCAUCACCAUCUACCCAAUAAUUAUAUGACAAAUUCUUCCCAAUUUAUACUGUCCAAUGAUUAUAAUAAUACUAAUAAUAUCAAUGACGAUGACGACGAUGACGAUGAUAAUGAUAAUGAUGAUGACAUUAUAGAUGACGAUUAUGAUCAAGAUGAAAUUAAUUGUAAAGCAAGAGCAAUAUUUGAUUUUUCUGCCGAGAAUGAUAAUGAAAUAUCAUUAAUUGAAGGACAAAUCAUUUGGAUUAGUUAUCGUCAUGGUCAAGGUUGGUUAGUUGCUGAAGAUCCUAUACUGGGAGAAAAUGGAUUAGUCCCAGAAGAAUAUGUUGAAAUUAUGCAAAAUCUUGAUAAUAAGAAUAAGAAGAAACAUAAGAAUAAGAGUAUAAAUAUUAAUGGUGAUUAUCAAGAAUUUGGUCAUCAAUAUGGAAAUGCAAGUAACAAUCAAGAUGAAGAUGUUCCAAAAAGGUUUUUACCAGAAAUAUUUAAUGACCAUAUACACCAAGAUGAUGAUGAUGAUAAUGUGGAUUGUGAUAGUGAAUGGGUAGAUACUGAUUAUGAAGAAGAAGAAGAAGAAGAAGAAGAAGAAGAAGAAGAAGAAGAAGCAGAGGAAGAGCAGGAGCAGGAAAAGCAGCAACCACAAGAAGGAAAAGAAGAACCAAAAAUGGAGAUAGCGAAACUUGAACAACCAGUCAAUAAAGAAAGUGAAAUCAAUGGUGAAACAAUAACAACAACUACUGCAACAAUUACUACAACAACCACUACAACGAUUGAAAAGAUCAAUGCUAUUGAAAAGAAAUUAAAUGAUGUUGAAAUAUGA